GUCUACCCUUACUGUAGCUGUCCGAUAUGGGAUUGACGGAAUAACGAGCGAUCUUAUCGAGGUAUGAUAUCGUUCUUUAAGUCUUGGCAUUCAAAUCUCUCCCCAAUUUCUAAAUCUUUUCUCCUUUUCUCUACCCUCAUCUCUUGAAACCCCUGCCCAGAUUUGUCAUUCUCACCCGGUGUCUAGCCUUGCUUGAUUUGAGGGUUUUCUGCAUGAGUGGUGUUGGUGGUCUUCCUCUGUUAUUUAAUGUCCAAGCAUCUCUAAGAGUGUCCUUUGCGCCAUCACAUAUUGUUCUUUUCGUUCACGGGCAUCUGAUACGUUGAGACAUGAUGAUACCACGGCAUUUGGCAGUAGGUUUUGCACUUUCCCAACCACCACCGCCGAUGCUACCCUAUCACCUACAGUAGAACACAAUAGCUAACCAACAACCUCCCACCUCUUUCUACAAUAGUGGACACCCCGGCUACACCCACUCUACCCCUCCAGUCACCUUCGACAAUACCGAAACCUCUCCUCGACUCCACCGUCGACACCGCCCAACGACAAUGACCCUAAUGCCAAACUUCCCCCUCCGCCCCCAGACUUCGACGAGCCUGACCUAAACCUAUCCUCCUACGCCCACCUCCCCCACAACUUUGGCACGAACCAGCACAUGCACAUCGACGAUGCCCUGAAAGACCGCCUCCGCUCCCUCCUCUGGCAAUUCCGUGCCCCAGUGCGCUACGCCUUCGCCUACGGCUCCGGCGUAUUCUCCCAGGGCAGCAACUUCAGCAGUGGUAGCGUAGCCGGAGGAAAGAAGCCGAUGAUAGACCUGAUAUUCGGCGUCACUUAUACACAACACUGGCACUCUUUAAAUCUUGCGCAGCAUAGAGAUCACUAUUCGUUCCUGGGAAGAAUGGGAAGCGCUGUGGUCAGCCGCGUUCAAGACGACUUUGGAGCUGGGGUGUAUUUCAAUCCUUACGUCGAUGUUGGCGGGACGGUAAUACCCCUCUUCCCUCACUUCUGUAGUCCAUAGGGGAAUAGAGAAAAAAAAAGAGAUCGGUGCUGACGCCCAGGAGCUCAGCUAAUAAAAUACGGCGUGGUAAACCUCGAAACUCUAAUCCACGACCUGCGAACCUGGGACACUCUCUACCUAGCGGGGCGCCUCCAAAAGCCGGUAAAAAUCCUCCGCGACGAUCCGCAAGUGCGCCUAGCAAACCAGCACAACCUCCUCUCUGCAGUCCGCACAGCGCUCCUACUCCUCCCGGAGAAAUUCACAGAACACGACCUAUACACGACGAUAGCCGGGAUUUCCUAUACCGGCGACCCGAGAAUGAAGCUAUAUUCGGAAAACCCACACAAGGUGAACAACAUCGUCCGCAACCAGCUCCCGCACUUCCGUCGCCUGUACUCUCCGCUCGUAGAGCAAUUGCCCAACGUACAAUUUUUGAGCCAAGGCGUGACAUGGAACGACCCGGCGGAGCACAUCAUGCUAGAGCAGGACAUGGACCCCCAACGCCGCGCAAACAUAAUCCGCCGCCUCCCGAAGUCCUUCCGGGAAAAGGUGUACUUCCAGUACCAGCGCAAGUUCGCCAUCCCAGCGCUCGACUUUGAAAAAAUGGUUGGCCGAAGUGCCGAUGAGGAACGCAUGCUUAGGCGGGAAGGGGGCGAGUUUGAGCGCAGGAUCGCGACGGAUCCGGGUAACGUUGGAAAGGUUGUCGGCGACGUUAUUAAGACUACUAUUGGAUGGCCGAGUACCAUUCAGAGUCUCAAGGGUGUAGUGACUGCUGGGCCGCUGAGGAGUUGGAGGUACUUGAAGGAGAAGAUUGGGAAGUGGUCUGCUGCUAGGAAGAGUGGGGCCCGGGAUAGAAGUGGAGGAGGUAAGAAGGGCGGUACAUAUUGAUAGGGAUUAUGAUGAUGAUGAAUAUCUGGAGUUUUUUGACCCAAGUUAGUCACUAUGACCGGAUCCUUGGCUUCUUCUCCCCGUUUUUCUAUCCCCCCAUUUGAGUUCUAGGCGGGUUGGGAGCUGCCUAGAGUUUCAUUUUCCUCAGUGUCGUCUCCAGCCAGCGGCAGUCUUCUUGCUUAUUUCUUGUACAUUUAUCCAGGUGCGCUAGAUUGUGUGUAGAAUGAGUAGUAUCAUGUAUCGUGGGUUGCCGGGGCUGAUUGUACACCCAAGCAAUGAGAGAGGGGCCUAAAACCGCCAGCUAACCAAUAUUGCUACCAUAGAUUUGAAAUCAGGAGAAGCGUGUUGUAUGCCUGCGACUUCGGUGAAAGGGAAUUUCGC